AUGGAAGCUCAGACGCUAGCUGAGGCUGGAGCAUCGCAGCCGCCUCUAGCAGCCGUCGUAGAAUCAGACAACAACGAAGGGUCUAGCUCGCCAAAAAGACGGCGGAAGACGAGAGCGUGCGAUAGGUGUCACCGAAGCGGUAUCAAGUGUUCCGCUGGUACAGUCCCAGAAGCCUGUGGACCAUGCGCGACCUACGGUGCGAACUGUACUUACGACCGACCUGUCAAGCGCCGAGGUCCUCCUCCAAAGAAUAUAGAACCACAUCGCCGGACUCCGCUACCUCAGGGAGCCGAUCAUGGCCACGCCGGCCGAGAUUGGGCCUACCAAACGGUCGCGCCGCACCAUGUCAUCGAGGAGCUCAUCGCGUUCUACGCGGCCGCCAUCUAUCCAAUACAAGCGUACUAUCAUCUCCCGACGCUCAUCGAUCGCGUCCAAGUCGCAGACUACGUCCACUCUCGCCCGUUCUUCGUGGACCUCAUGUCCCUGUGCGCUCUCACGGCCGCUAGAAUACGAGAUGGCGCUAGUCUGCCCUCCCAUCCGAUCACAAAAUACAUGACGAGUGUGCCUUCGGAGGUCUUCAACCAAGCGGCACAAGACGCAUUCCCUACCGACCUGGGCGCGGCGACAGAGUUCGAGUACAAGCGUGCCAAGAGCAACAUGGCCUUGCUGUGCAUUCAGUACGGGGAUACGAGGGGUCUGCAGCGGCACCUGGGGGACUACUGCACGCUAAGUGCGAUGGACGGGUUUCAUCUUGAGAGUCGGUGGCCUGCGGGAUUGAGUAUGAUCGAAGUGCAGGAGCGGAGAAGACUGUUCUGGGCGACCUACCAACUGGACGUGUACAAUUCUUGCACCUGGGGCGCGACUGUCCGGCAUCGCGAAUCCGAAACGACCGUCCUCUACCCUGCUGAAAUCAUCUCGGAUGACGACGUCACGGUCGACACCGUCCGCCUACCCCCUUCUGCCGCUCAGUCCAGCAGCAACAGACCAGGCGGAGUCGUGUCGUGGGUCCACGGCUGGAAUUUUGUCUCUGAUCUCUAUCGCAUCCUCGAGCACGCAAUCGAGCGGGUACGGAUACGGCGUAAUGGAUCUGGCGGGGCGGCGGUCGGUCCGGAUGAAGAUGGGGGGACGGGCAUGCGGGGACAAGGCGGACCUGUAUCGGCAUUGUAUGAGAGGGGAGUGGGGCCGGCGCAGACGGAGAUACUGGAUUUGGUCAGGAAGAUGUACGCCGAGUUGCCAGAGGAGUUGAGGGUGGCGGCGCCGCUGGGAGACGAUGACAACAGGAAUAGGCUAGGCUUCCAGUCCACGAACAUCAUCAUCACCCUGCAAACGCUCAAAAUGGUUGUUGCGGGUAGUGGAGAAAACAGCAUCAGUCAACGCUGCGGUAUCGCCGGAGACCUCCUUGAUGCCAUAUCCAACGUUCCUACAGCCUACAUCUACGCGUGCAGCGCUCCUAUUCUGCACCACCUAGCUGGAAUAGGCCACCUCCUCAUCCCCCUCUCCCAAGAACCUCGAUCUCGUACCCUCAACCAGUGGGCCUAUCUCCAGGUCCGGAACUGCCUCUUAUCCAUGGCCGAGAUGCUGUCGGGCCUCGAGUCGGUGCUGUCGCGUACGGCUGGCAUAGCGGAUCGGCUCCGAGCGCACAUCGAGCGGAUCGACCGGGUGAUGGAGGAAGCUGCCAAGGAAAGAGAGGGGAGAGGCGUCGUCCAUGCACUGCGGCGGACAGGCAGUAGGGCGGAGGAGGCUGGGCGACCUGGCGGGGACGGAAGGGGCGCGAAACGUGGGGAAGCGGGGCGGCGAGGAAUGUCGGAGCGGCAAGGGGAGAGUGCGACAAGGAGUACGACAACACCAUUACCGCCGGCAUCGGCCUCGGCUACGGCAUCCACCUCUUUCCAUCCCGACACCUCAUUCCAUCCCAACUCCACUGCAGGCUUCGACCUCUCCUCCAUCGACUUUGAUGCACUCCAGCCUGCACAUAACGCUCCAUACGCUGGUCCACCCAUCGACCCGGUUCUCCUCGCUACCCUCGCCAGCGCCGCCACCGGGCAUACCUCCGAGCAGCUUGGCGGAGAUCCCAGCGCGAACGGUAAUGCCUCCGGGCAGGUGCAGUACCCGGGCGAGAUGCUCCAGGGCGAGGAAGACCUCUUUGCCGGCUGGCCUUUCAAUCUCGGCAAUGCGUUCGAGUUCCUAGGAUCCGAAUAA